AUGGCUAAUGAAACUCCAGUUCCUCCUCCCGUUUUAUGGGCGCAAUGCAAAGCUGACGUCUUUCUCACAUUUAGCAUCGAAUCCAAAGACCCGACUAUUAAAAUAGAACAAGAUUCAGUAUAUUUUAAAGGCAUUAAUGCAUCAGACAAUAAAAUAAAUGAAGUAACCAUACCAUUAUAUGAUAACGUAGUGCCGGAGUCAAGUGCCUUCGUAAAUAAAGGCAGAUGCAUAGAAAUGGUACUUCACAAAAAGAACACAGACGCUUCAUACUGGCCAUCACUAACGAAAGAUAAGAAGAAACCUCACUAUCUUAAGGUAGACUUCAAUAAGUGGAAGGACGAAUAUGAUGAAGAAGAAACUGGUGGUGAUAAUUCUAAUUAUGAUCUUGUAGAACUACUCCGGACGAUGGGUGGUGGCGGCGGUGCUGGGGAUAAGGCAGAAAAACCUUCAUUCUCUGACCAAGAAACAGACUCAGAUGAUGAAAAUUUACCUGAUCUUGAAUGA